GCGGGACUGUGUGAGAUACUAUCUAAUUAGCUAGACUGAUUUGAUACUGCAAGCUUUUGUCUUUGAUUACCACCAUGGCCAUGGUGGUGCUCACAACUCUCUUGGCCAUAUUCCUAUCGUUGUUCAUUAAAAUUGCGUAUGACACUCUCUCAUGCUACUUUCUAAAUCCAAGACGCAUCAAAAAAAUCAUGGAGAAGCAAGGAGUGCGUGGCCCCAAACCUCGGCCUCUCAUAGGCAACGUCUUGGACAUGGCCUCCUUUGUAGCCAAAACUACCUCCCAUGACAUGAACUCCAUCGACCAUGACAUCGUGGGUCGCCUUUUACCACAUUACGUCGCGUGGUCCAAACAAUAUGGAAAGAGAUUUAUAUUUUGGAAUGGGGUGGAACCAAGGAUGUGCCUGACGGAGACUGAGUUAAUAAAAGAGCUAUUGUCCAAGUACAGCACCAUGUCCGGUAGGUCGUGGCAGCAACAACAAGGAUCCAAACAUUUCAUUGGGAGAGGUGUAUUAAUGGCUAACGGCAAAGAUUGGUAUCAUCAGCGUCACAUCGUUGCUCCGGCCUUCAUGGGAGACAGGCUUAAGAGUUAUGCGGGGUACAUGGUGAAAUGCACUAAGGAAUUAGUCCAAUCACUACAAAAUGCUGUAGAAUCAAGCCAAACAGAGGUGGAAAUUGGUGAAUACAUUACUAGACUCACUGCAGAUAUAAUAUCUAGAACGGAGUUUGAUACUAGCUAUGAGAAAGGAAAACAAAUAUUCCACCUUUUGACAGAUUUGCAACGGCGUUGUGCUCAAGCAACUCGCAACUUAUACCUUCCCGGAAGUCGGUAUUUUCCUAGUAAAUAUAAUAGAGAAAUAAAAUUAUUGAAGAUGGAGGUGGAGAGGUUAUUGAUGGAAAUAAUUCAAAGCCGAAAAGACUGUGUAGAGAUUGGUCGGAGCAGCUCAUAUGGGAAUGAUUUGCUGGGUAUGCUCCUUAAUGAGAUGCAAAAAAAUAAAGAUGGUGGAUUCAGCUUAAAUUUACAGCUGAUCAUGGAUGAAUGCAAAACAUUCUUCUUUGCUGGACAUGAAACCACUGCCCUCUUACUCACAUGGGCCAUCAUGUUACUAGCCAGCAACAAUUCUUGGCAGGAAAAAGUUCGAGCUGAGGUGAAGGAGGUUUGCAAUGGUGAAACUCCCUCUGUUGAUCAUCUUUCCAAGCUCACCUUGUUGAAUAGGGUAAUAAAUGAAACUCUUAGACUCUAUCCACCAGCUACUGUUCUACCUCGAAUGGCAUUAGAAGAUCUUAAGCUAGGUGACCUGCAUAUCCCAAAGGGUCUAUCAAUAUGGAUUCCAGUGCUUGCAAUUCAUCAUAGCAAAGAAUUAUGGGGUGAAGAUGCAAAUGAGUUCAACCCAGAAAGGUUUGCUUCCAAGUCAUUCACACCUGGCCGGUUCAUUCCUUUUGCCUCAGGCCCCAGAAAUUGUGUUGGCCAAGCUUUUGCCAUGAUGGAAGCUAAGAUCAUAUUAGCCAUGUUGAUCUCGCGGUUUAGCUUCACUAUUUCAGAGAAUUAUCGUCAUGCUCCUGUUACUGUUCUCACAAUAAAGCCCAAGUAUGGAGUUCAAGUAUGUUUGAAGCCCAUAAGCACUUGAAACAUACUGAUUUUGAAGUCGUAUAGAGAGCUUGUGUUUUGAUGAGGGAGUUUGGAAUGAGUGUUUUGAUAUAGAUUUUAAAUGCUGGAAGUCUUUUUCAAUUUAACCAAAGUUAGAGGUAAUAGAUUCAGGGAAGAAAAUAUGCUAUUGUAAGAAUUACAAAUGAAAUGAAAGAACCAUUAUGAUUUUGGUUUUGGUCA